UUUUAAAUCAUUUUUUUUUUUUCGAGAUGUCUUUUAGAUUCAAUUUUUCGUCAGAAGAACUUGAGCCUACAGAAAAUGAAUCGACGGUUCAGAACCCUGUAGAUAAGUAUGAUAGUUUGAACAGUCUCUUUCAAUCCGACAAACAGCCAUUCAUUCCUCCAAGUGAAUUAGUCCUUAACAAUUUGAUUGAUAUACUUCCAUCAACUUUGAUAGCUGAACGUAUUUUCUUUUCUACUUGUGAGCAAUCUGUCCUUUAUAAACGGCAUCUCUCUGAUGUUAAGUUUCAAUUAGCACAAGAGGACAAUCUGCUAGAAACAAAUUACAAUGAGGGUACAAGAAUUUUGGAAUUGACAGCAGAUAGUGACAUAGUUCAAGGAGUCUAUGAAGGUGGAUUAAAAACUUGGGAAUGUUCACAUGAUCUUGUUGAAUUUCUUUCAAAGAAUAUUAUUAACUUGGAUUUUGAAGGAAAAAAAAUUUUGGAGCUAGGCUGCGGAUCAUCACUUCCAGGCAUAUAUAUACUUACCACUAAAAAUCCAUUUAGAGUUGAUUUUCAAGAUUAUAAUAAACAAGUUUUGAAAUUAGUUACAAUUCCAAACAUAUUGCUUAACACUUUAUUAUGCCCAAAAACGAAAGAUUUUUUUAAUGGUACCACAGAAAUAGAUGUUCCGGAGUAUUCUAAUUUGUUAGAUCAGGUGAAGAAAAGUAGGUUUUUCAUGGGAGACUGGAGCGGAUUAACAGACAUUAUAAAUUUGAAUUCUGAACAAGAAAAGUAUGAUCUGAUUCUAAGUUCAGAGACAAUAUAUAAUACAGAUUCACUACCAAAAUUAUAUAAUGUUAUUAAAUACUCUUUAAAGCGACCAAGUGGUGUAGCAUUAAUCGCAGCAAAAUCAAUAUAUUUUGGCGUUGGUGGUGGCGUAUUACCAUUUCGCCAAUUAAUUGAGCAAGACAAAGUAUUCGGAAUCAAAAUUUUUUAUAAUGCAGAAGCACAUGUGAAAAGGGAAAUUUUAAUGUUGACUUUCUUGGAUUCCUUUACCUAAUAAACAAAAUAUUAUUUAAACAAAACAUUAUUAUUUGGCUAGUGUUCAAUAAUAAUGGAAGAUUUACGAAUAUAUGGUUCAGUAAAAGAUAAUGGAAAAUUUUAGUUUUCAACAGUAUGGGUUUACAACUUCAUUACUAAUUCUAAUAUCUCAAAAAGUCCCUUAUCCUUUUUUUUACUGAUUAACUUAUACUCUAAUUUACAAUUUGAGUUACCGUAUACAAAGUAUAUAAAGAAUUUAAUCAUAAGAAUUUUUACCGAUAAAAAUGGCGAUGUAAUGUGAUCAUGUAAAUAUAACACAAGGUUGAUUUAAUAAUUGGUUGGAAAAUAUCGUAUUUAUUUUUUAAAUUUGAAUAAAUCAACGCAAUCUGCUAAAUUAAUAAUUUUUUUUUUUUAAUAAUU